GGUAGCCGCGCGUCGCGCUGCUACUAAACAGCAUUGCACGCUUGUUGACUGCGGCACGUGCCGGUGGGCGCGUAUCUCGAACGCUUCAGUGAUUAAAGCGCAGAAUAUCAGCUGUGCGGCAUCACUGCUGGAAAAGACAGACUGUCGUAAAGACAGCCUCAGCGUGAAUUACCAUGGCCUCCAAUGAGGAUGAGCCCUUUGUUGGCUGUGGUCGUGGUGGCCGUGGAGCACUUCUCUUGGCUGCCUUGCAGAAGCAAUCCAGGCGCCCUGGAUCUGAUGGUGCCACAGAAGCGGCUCCCCAGGCUGAUAGCCCUGAUUCAGGCCGUGGAAGCGGUGCAUCAUCAUCGAGCCCAGAUUCAGGUAGAUCAAGUGGCAUAUCACUGUCACCCACACUCGAUACGCCUGGUGUGUCUCCUGUGCCGGUGAUGGGCCGUGGUGCCAUACUUGGGAGCAUGAUGGCGCGCCAGCUGACUCCAAGCCCUUCAGAGCAAGCAGGAGCCAGAGCAGGGGCGCAUCCGAUGGCUGGCAGAGGUGCAGCACUUGGUCGCAGUGUUAUGCACACACCACUUGGGAGGGGCAUGGCAGCAGCUCUGUUGCCGCCAGGCGUGCAACAGAUGCCAGCUGCUACAGCGCAGCAACCACAAGUGGUCCCGCCACAAGCUGUGCCACCACAAGCUCGAGCUGCACCACCUCAAGCUCGAGCUACACCAUCUGUUGAGCCUCUGGUGGCUGAAAUGGCAGAACUGUGUGUCAAGCAGUUCAGGGGAAGUGCUGGCAAGCCUGUCCCUCUGGAGGUGAACUAUGUUCGUCUUAACACCAAGCAAGGGAUGGGUGUGUAUGAGUACCACACUGACUAUGUGCCUGUCAUCGACUCUAAGCGCACGCGGUGCCAGCUUCUUAGCAGUGACCCAGUGCUGGCAGUUAUUGGACGGACCCGCGUCUUUGAUGGUAUGAAGCUCUACCUUCCACACCAGCUGCAACAGCAGGUAACAAGCAUACCAACAGUACUGGCCUCAGAUGGCACUCCUGUGACAGUGAACAUCAAGUUUGUAAAGAAGACACCACCAUCACAGUGCCUGCACCUGUACAAUGUGCUUUUCAAAAAGGUGAUGCACUGCCUGCAGCUGACUCAGAUUGGCCGUAACUACUUUGACCGCAAGGGCGCUGUUGUGGUGCCUCAGCAUAAGCUGGAGGUGUGGCCUGGCUAUGUACAAUCAGUGGCUGAAUAUGAAGGAGGGCUCAUGCUAAACUGCGAUGUGUCCUUUCGUGUCCUGCGUACGAUCACUGCUCGUGAAGUGCUGUUUGAUGUGUACAAUGCGUACCCAACAGACUACAAAGCCAGGGCUGUGCAUGCAAUUGUGGGCGCAAUUGUGAUGACACGGUACAAUUACCGCACAUACCGAGUGGACGACAUUGCCUGGGACCUCAAGCCAACCUCUACUUUCACAUUCCAUUCCGGAGAGGUCAUAAGCUACAUUGACUACUACAAGCGUAUCUACAACAUUGAGGUUCAGGACUUUGAUCAGCCACUGCUUUUGCACAGGGACAAGCCAAGGAAGAAUGCACCGGAGUCUGAGGAGCCACGGUUGGUGUGCCUGGUGCCUGAACUCUGCACACUGACGGGCCUGACAGAUGAGAUGCGUGCCGAUUUCCGGAUUAUGAAGGACAUAGCAGGCCACACAAGAGUGAACCCAAAUCAGCGGCAAUACUCCCUGACCCAGUAUGUGAAGAGAGUGCAUGAUUGCCCGGAUGCUAUGAAGGUGCUUGGCGACUGGGGCGUCACGCUGCAGUCCUGUGCCUUGAAUCUUGAAGGCCGCAUCCUGCCAGAGGAGAAAGUUAUGAUGAAAACCAAGACUCACUAUCAUAAUGGCACAGCAGACUGGGGCCGUCUUCUCUCACAAGACUCUGUGAUCAAACCUGUGCAUCUUGAAAACUGGGUCGUGAUCUUCGUAAGGCGUGACGGCGAGCGUACACGGGGAUUCACACAAAUGAUGUCCAAGGUGUGCCCCUCUAUGGGCAUUAGUGUGCGGCCACCACAGUUUCGUGAACUGCCCAAUGACAGCACUGAUUCAUAUGUUCGUGCCAUCAAGGACGUGCUCAGCAAGAUGGUGCAGAUCAUUGUGAUCAUCUUUCCCACAUCACGAGAUGACCGAUACAGUGCAGUGAAACGGUUGUGCUGUGUGGACAUGCCUGUGCCAUCACAAGUCAUCAUUUCUAACACUAUUGGACAGCAGCAAAAGCUGCGUAGUGUCACACAAAAAGUUGCCCUGCAGAUCAACUGCAAGCUUGGCGGAGAGCUCUGGGCAGUGGACAUUCCCAUGCAAAAUGUGAUGGUGGUAGGUGUGGACGUGUACCAUGACCUCACUCGUGGCAGGCAGUCUGUGCUGGGUUUUGUGGCCAGCAUGAACCACAACAUGACACGCUGGUUCUCCAAGUGUGCCUUUCAGGAGCCUGGCAAAGAGCUCGUCAACUGCCUCAAAGUGGCUUUCCUUGAGGCUCUGGUGAAGUUCUACGAGGUGAACCACCGUCGUCCAGAUCGCAUCUUCAUCUUUCGUGAUGGUGUGGGUGAUGGGCAGCUGAACUAUGUGAGCGAGUACGAGAUUGAGCAACUGAUAAGUGCUUUCAGCUGCGUGAGCCCAGACUACAAUCCAUCUGUUGCUGUAGUGGUUGUCCAGAAGCGCAUCAACACCCGCAUCUUUGCCAAGCUGAACGCGAAAGAAUUGGACAACCCAACACCUGGGACAAUCGUGGACCAUACAGUUACACGGACAGAGUGGUGCGACUUCUUCUUGGUGUCUCAGAAGGUACGGCAGGGAACAGUGGCACCUACACACUACAUAGUUUUACGGAACACUACUGGAUUGUCGCCUGACCAGAUGCAGCGGCUCACUUACAAGCUCACACACUUGUACUACAACUGGCCUGGUUGUGUCCGUGUGCCUGCUCCUUGCCAGUAUGCUCACAAGUUGGCCAACCUGGUUGGUGAUAACAUCCAUAAGGAACCAAGCCCUCUGCUCUGCGACCGCCUCUUCUACUUGUGAAGGCCACAGUUUCAUGCGAAAAUUCCCAAGAGACCCGAGAGUACCCCCCUGUGCUCAGUACAUUACUGCCAUGUUUUUCAGCUUUUGUGUUUUGUUCUGCAAGUACUUUCAUUACAUUUUCCCCAUGUAAGGCAAUCAUUUAGAAGAAAUGUUGCUAUCACAUCUUUUUUCUCCUCUGGUUAAUUUGCCUUUAAUAAAGGCAGCUUCCUAGUUUAGCAUCCUUUUUUCCAUUGUUCACAGCCCUCGAAGGUAUUUUAUUCUAUGUGCACGAGAAAGCAUGAAAAAAUUCAGCUGUAUUUGGGUUGUUUUAUGAAGCACCAGUGUUGUAGAGUUUUCUUUUACUGUUCAGCUUUUAAUACAUACCUUGAUUGGCAGUAAUUUACUCAUGCAAAUUCCAUCCAAUCUCAUAUCCAUUUUGUGGCAAAAGUGCCUUACUAGUCACAAUUGUAUUUAUGUUUCAUGGUGUUCAUUGAUUUAAUUGUUAUGAAAUGGGGUGCUUGCGAGGGAAUGUGCAAAAGUCAAAUGCAGAAAAGGUGUUUGUUACUAUUUGAAAAACGCAGUUGACUGAAACAAUUGGGAACCAUUUACUUCUGAUAGGUUUGCUUCAGAGAAGCACUGUGCACUAUGUGAAAUUAUUUGCUGUCAGUAAUGUGGACAUUUUCAAAAAACGAGUGGAUCUCUGCAUUACAAACUUUGCCCUACAAGUCGCAAGUCAGCUUGUACAUAAUUGGCUUGGUGCAAAUAAAUCUGUUCACUGUUUCUA